GUUCAUCAUUUAUUCUUCUAGUAGUUUACCCAUUGAACAAAACUCUAUUCUUACUAUAAAUGCACCUACACGUUAGUUUCGUAGUCAUAACUGGCGGGUUAUUACCAGAACCAGAUUAAGAUUGUGAAUAAUGGCUAUUUGCCAAUUUCUCAUCUAUGUGCUGAGAAUGAGCUUGGAGAACAGAUGCGUCUUUUUAUCUUUCGCGAGAGUUUUAUCGUAUCACUCUGGUUACUUGAUGCACAACAAGUGUUCGAUGCAAUGCCUGACAGAUGCAGAAUCCAUUUGCUGAACAAUCGGCUGUGAGCUUACUUCCGUCACCGCAAAAUAGCCCGUUCCGUUGUAGAUAGAGGACACGUGUCUAUUCUCUACCGGCUCAAUCAGAGUCUCCUUUCGCCCUCCCUGUAUUUAAACGGUGUAUCAAGAAUAUGCAAAAAUGACGACCAACAAAAAAAAGAAAGAGAUUUUCCGAGCAUACGUCGCCAACAGAUCCAAUGGGAAGUGAAAUUGGACAAGAAUGGCGAGAGGAGAUUUUUCAAAAGAUCAGAUCCAUGAAUGAAGUGUAUGCACCAUAUGUGAAUGAUGUUUACCAAAUAGCUACAGACGUGUUGCACUGUCAGGAACCUCUCCCGCAGCAACAAAGAACAGAGAAUGUUGAGAGUUGGCAAAGCUUCAAAAAAAUGGUAGAGGAAUUAAGACAAUUCCUAUCUGUUACAAAGAGCAGUAUCACUCCUGCAUUUAAGAAGAAGUUGGCUUUUCAUGAGAAAAUGCUUAAAGAGUGCAUAAAUAUGUACCGGAAGAUGCAGACACGACAGCAAGGGGAGCUUCCGCAAGCUCAGACCGUUCAAGAUCAAUCUCAUGAUAAUCAAACAAAUCUGCAAAUGCAAUCAAUGAACAUGCACGUUACAGGGCCACGUUUACAACAGAGUAGCAAUGUUCUAUCAUCUUGUCCUGGAGUUUCAGCUCCACAGCAGAACGUUCCCAUUUCCAUACCAGCUUCUAGCUGCGAAUACAGUAUUACAGAAUUCUUAAAUAGGCAGAGUCUGAGGAAGACAGUACAGCAAGGGCAGCUUCCAAAAUCUCAGAAUCAGCAUGUGCAGCAACGACAAUCUCAGACAGUUCAAGAUCAGUCUCAUGAUAAUCAAAAAAAUCCGCAGAUACAAUCAAUGAGUAUGCAGGGUGCUGGGCCAAGGGCACAACAGAGCAAGCAAGGUGUAGUUCAAUCCUUUGCAAUUGGCAUUGCUGGGAUCUCCGGCUCUCCUAUCCUUCAGGAGCUUACUAGUCCUGAUGGAAAUACUAUGAAUCCUUUGACAAGUACAUGUGGCAAAUCGAGUGCUACUGAGCCGUCUAUUGAACGCCUUAUUAGAGCUGUGCAAUCCAUCUCAUCACAAGCGCUUUCUUCUGCUGUAAGUGACAUCAUAUCUGUUGUAAGGAUGGGUGAUAGGAUAGCUGGUUCAUUUCCAGGGAAUGUUUCAACAGCUUCAGUUGGUGAGGACUUGGUUGCAAUGAGCCUUCUCCAAGAAAGAAACUUCAUGACGCAAGAGGAAAUGAUAGCAACCAUGAAAAGGAAGCGUCAAAUAACCGCAAUGCCACUAAGUGUUGCUUCAUUGGGAGGAAGCUUUGGUGAUAGGUACAAGCAGUUUGCUGGCUUGAUAGCAUCAGAUAUGCAAUCUAGUGUGACUUGUGGUGGCAAGAAGGCUAGUACUGAGGCCGAGCAUACCCUUUUGGAGGAAAUCAAGGAAAUAAACCAGCGGCUGAUAGAUACAGUUGUUGAGAUUUGUGAUGAUGAAGAUGCUGCUGAUCAUAGUGAGGGAGCAAUAUCAAGCAAAGGGUGUGAAGGAACAACAGUUAAAUUCUCGUUUAUAUCUGUUUCUCUCAGCCCAGCCUUGAAGGCUCAUCUCUCAUCAACACACAUGUCUCCUAUUCGACCAUUGCGUCUGCUGGUUCCUCGUAGCUACCCCAACGGCUCUCCAUCUCUUUUGGACAUACUCCCAGUUGAAACCAGCAAAGAGAACGAGGACCUUUCAUCCAAAGUUAUGGCAAGGUGCAACAUAUUGCUAAAAAAAAUGUCACAGCCAAUGUCCCUCAAAGACAUAGCCAAGACAUGGGACUCUUGUGUGCGGGAUGUAAUCUGUAAGUACGCACAACAAUUUGGCGGGGGAACUUUCAGCUCAAAAUACGGAGCUUGGGAGAAAUAUGUAAGGGGUUCCCGAAUCUGAUGGGGGUCCUCAAUGGUAGCUCCGUGAUGCUUACUCUUUCAUAUCGGAAAACCAAAAAGGCUUUUGUAUAUAUCCUCUCCUGUAGACAGUGUUGUGUGCUGUAUUGUUCAUAACAGGGUGUAAAAAUGAAACCUCAAAAGAGUAUUGGCUCAAACUGUGAAUUAGAAAACUCAAAAGACUUUGGGUUACUGAGAUGCACAAACAAGUGCUUUA